CAAAUGUCAAUGAUCAUAUAUAUUAUGUCACUUUAAUCAUUGAGACACUGUCAAACAGAGAAAUUAGAAUUUCUUGAAAAAUUGUAUGGUUAAAUUGGAAAGAUUUACAUUUUACAAUGAUGUCAAGUGUUUCUAUGUGCCGAUGCUGCAUGCUGCGCCCACCGGAUAAGAACUUAAAAGCGUCAUAUACAUCGUUAGGCAAAUCUGAAGUGUACGCUGAUAUGCUGAAGGACUGUUUUGAAAUACAUAUGCUAGUGAGUGAUGUGGAGGGUGAUGGCGGGAUCUGCGAGGUGUGUAUCACGCGGCUGCGCGACGCGUGCGACUUCAAGCAGCAGGUGCAGCGCUGCCUGAAAAACAUACAGCUGCAGGCCACACUAAUGCUAAAAGACGAAAUAGCGACGAAGGUGAAAUUAGAACUUUCGGAAGAAGACGACGACAAUGGAAUAUAUUUUUUAGAUGUGAAAGAAGAGAUGUCUGACUACGAACAUUUAAGAGAUGAUGAUGAUGAGGAAGAAAAGAAUUUGGCCGAGAUGCUCGGCUUCAAUGACAUCACGGUGAAAAGAAAACACGUCGAGCAGAAAAACAGUUCGAGCAAGAAACGCGCCAUCAUGGCAGACACAAGUAUAGAAAAGAAAGCGAAAAAAAUCAGCACUGGUCCCUUAAAAAUAUCAAUCAGAGCUCUCUCGGAAAUGAACAAGAUCAUAAAACCUGCGAAGGUUUUGCCUAACAUACGAUUUAUCAAUGAUAGUAUGAAGCACAAAUUGAACAUAGACAACAUUCUCAAAUAUUCAAACUGUACGCCUUUUUCUAACAAAACACUGGCGGGAAUCGUCUGCGCUUAUUGUAAAGAAACAUUUCAAAAAAUUGAAGAACUAAGAAAUCAUACGAGAGAAAACCACAAUGGCGUUGAUUUGAUCGACAAAAAGAGGAUGGACAAAAAUAAUCUGUCGGUAAAAAUGGACAUCACUGAUUUAAAAUGCAGUACUUGCAUGGCGAGCUUUGACGUCAUAACCAAUCUGAAGAAACACUUGAGCAAAGAACACGAUGUGAAAUUUUAUUCCGACGUGCAUGACUAUAUUCUAGAAUUUAAGUUGACUGAUAGUGAAAUGUUGAAUUGUGCGCUUUGUAAUUCCACAUUCGAGACAUUUAAAAUGCUGUUGCAGCACAUGAACGGACAUUACCGAAAUUAUAUCUGUGAGGUUUGCGAUUUAGGUUUUAUAAAUAAACAUCGUCUUAAAAACCAUCAAAGAACACACGAAAUCGGCAGUUUCAAUUGUACGUUUUGUGACAAAGUGUUCAGCACUCGAGUUAGAAAGAUGUGUCACGAGAAGUACACUCACAACUCUGGCGCCCGGUACACGACGAACUGUCCGCAUUGCGAUCAAUCUUUCACGAGUUAUUACCAAAGGAAUAGGCACAUGUUCAAAGAACACAACAUGGUUGCGGCCUCUUAUAAAUGCAAUAUAUGCGACAAGUCAUUUAUUCUGAAGUCGAAGCUCACGGCUCACAUAAAGAAAGUUCAUUUGAUGGAGCGGAAUCACAUUUGUGCCGAGUGCGGGCAAGGAUUCUUUAUCAAGCAAUCUCUGGACGAGCAUAUGAUAAAACACAAUGGGGAAAGAGUGUUUAAAUGUACAGUGUGUCCUAAAGCAUAUGCCAGGAAGAAAACCUUGAGAGAACAUAUGAGAAUUCACAACAACGACAGGAGAUUCAAGUGUGGUAUAUGCGCUUUGGCAUUUGUUCAGAAAUGCAGUCUCAAAAGUCACAUGUUGUCAAACCAUGGCAUUACACUGGCUGAGUACGAGACCUCUAGAAGUGAUUUAUGUAGCCCGGAGAGCCUUUGAGUGUUAAAUAAAAGUAGAAUGGGAAGGGAAAGAACUGGUUGUAUUCCUGAGGGAUAUACUAUAAUAAUAUAUAAGUGAUAUAAUCUGUUUAUGGAUUAAGCCGGUUCUCUUGCGAUCAUUACAAUAGGCCCUGCGUUUAGUCUGUUUUCUAACACAGUGGCGUCGCCUAAAUAUUUGAACAAGCAACAUGCUGGAGCCCAAGAUGUAGGAACUAUUAUUUUGUAAUAACGUAACUAUUGCUAGUCAACUCGAUAACUUAGUAUGUGCAAGGGAAGGUGUUGUAAAUGGUAUUAGGUAAGCCAAUGAUAGAUAAGAUCACACUAUUUGUGUCGCAAUCGAUGUCAUUUAUACCGUCAAAACCAGUAAUUGGGCGCUAGCUAUGAAACAUAGCAUGCACGAACAGGCACAAUAUAUCUUUUGGCACCUAUUUAUUGAAACAACAAACCAAACAGCGCAAGAGACCCGGCAACAGAUGUAUCAUAAAAAAUACUUAUAUGUAAAAUAAAAGUGGGUUCAUCUUCUAGUUUAAUAUCAUUGUUAGUCGUGUAGAAUGACAAACUAAUUAAAUUGUGAGUUUCAACGUGUAUCAAUAAAGAUAACAUUCAGUAGAUUCUCCCGAUACCUUGUGUCUGACCUGUCACUAUAGUCUCGGGAUAUGGUGUAGCUACAAUUUCAAAUCUAAGAUGAACAAGCUGUGUUAGUAAGACUAGACUGUGUACGUAAUGUUGGUAAUUUUUAAAACGAAAUACAUGUCCUUAAGCGGGCUGUAGGUUAGCAAGAAAACUUGCAGAAGUUAU